AUGGCCCACCUGGGAGCCCAUUUUGCCUUUAGAUCCCGCUGGCAGAAGACCGAUGAUGAACUCUGUCGACAUAGCAUGUCCUUUAUCCUUCACAAGGCCAUUCGCAAUGACUUCUUUCAGAGCUAUCUCUACCUGCUGGAAAAAAUUCCCCUGGUAAAACUGUAUGCUUUAACAAGCCAAGUCAUUGAUGGUGAGAUGCAGUUCUAUGCCAGAGCCAAACUUUUCUACCAAGAGGUACCGGCCACAGAAGAAGGCAUGAUGGGAAAUUUUAUUGAACUAUCCAACCCAGAUAUCCAGGCCUCUCGUGAAUUUCUUAGGAAAUUUGUUGGGGGGCCAGGGAGAGCGGGCACUGGCUGUGCCUUGGACUGCGGCUCUGGAAUAGGCAGGGUCAGCAAGCACGUCCUGUUGCCUGUUUUCAGCAGCGUUGAACUGGUGGACAUGAUGGAGUCCUUCCUCCUGGAAGCCCAGAGCUACUUGCAGGUCAACGAGGACAAAGUGGAAAGUUACCACUGCUACAGCCUGCAGGAAUUCACGCCUCACUUAGCAAGAUAUGACGUCAUCUGGAUUCAGUGGGUCUCAGGAUACCUGACUGAUAAGGACCUCCUUGCAUUUCUUUCCCGCUGCCGAGAUGGCCUGAAAGAAAAUGGUGUUAUCAUCCUGAAAGACAAUGUAGCCCGGGAGGGCUGUAUCUUCGACCUGUCUGACAGCAGUGUGACUCGGGACAUGGACAUCCUCCGAAGCCUCAUCAGGAAGAGUGGGCUGGUGGUUCUGGGCCAGGAGAAGCAAGAGGGCUUUCCUGAGCAGUGCGUUCCGGUGUGGAUGUUUGCCCUGCAUAGUGAUAGACGGUCCUGA